AAAGUGUGUUUGAGGUGGAUUUUGAAAGGGAAAUCAGUAUCGGAUUCACAAAGCGCUUCAGUGGGAACCUUUCAAAUCUACAAUGUUGGGCACGGCGUCGUGAGUAAUCAAGUAAUGUCCUGCAAAAGCGAAAGGACAGCAUUGUCCAUUAACUAAGUGAAUGAUCGGUAAAUGCCUCCUGCGGCUACAAUUAGCCCCUCGUAUAUGUCGUUUAACUUGACAGAAGGUCGUUUUGCCACAAGGUGAGUGCAGGCUAAAUGAUAAUGGCACAUGUUGGGGCAGUAGUCGCAGCAAUGGCUGGUGUGAUGGCCAUUCUGCUUCAUUCUUCCAUACACAAGAUCGAGGAAGGACAUUUAGCUGUGUAUUACAGAGGAGGAGCUUUGUUGACAACUCCUAAUGGGCCGGGUUACCAUAUAAUGCUGCCUUUCAUCACUUCAUAUAGAUCAGUGCAGACAACCCUGCAAACAGAUGAAAUAAAAAAUGUGCCUUGUGGAACCAGUGGGGGUGUCAUGAUCUAUUUUGACAGAAUUGAGGUGGUCAACAUGCUGGUUCCAUUAGCAGUGGUGGACAUAGUGAAGAACUACACUGCAGAUUAUGACAAGACACUAAUCUUCAACAAAAUUCACCAUGAGUUAAACCAGUUCUGCAGUGUGCACACACUACAGGAAGUCUACAUAGAACUGUUCGACAUAAUUGAUGAGAACUUAAAGACUGCACUGCAGAAGGACUUGAAUGCUAUGGCUCCUGGCCUCACAAUUCAGGCUGUGCGAGUCACCAAACCUAAAAUUCCUGAGGCAAUCAGAAGAAACUAUGAGCUAAUGGAAGCGGAGAAGACCAGGCUGCUCAUCACUGCUCAGACACAGAAAGUGGUGGAGAAGGAGGCGGAAACUGAGAGAAAGAAGGCCAUCAUAGAGGCUCAGAAAAUGGCUCAGGUGGCGGAGAUUCACUUCCAACAAAAAGUAAUGGAGAAGGAAACAGAGAAAAAGAUCUCCGAAAUUGAAGAUUCUGCUUUCCUGGCAAGAGAGAAGGCAAGAGCAGAUGCAGAAUAUUACACUGCUGCAAAAUUUGCAGAAGCCAACAGGCUGAAGCUCACACCGGAGUAUCUGGAACUGAUGAAAUAUCAGGCCAUAGCCGCGAACAGCAAGAUCUACUUCGGUCAAGACAUCCCAAACAUGUUUGUAGACAACAGUGCCUCCCAUCCGACCGCGGGCCAGGGUGCGGCAGACUCGGCAGAGCAGCUGGAGGCCUUGAGUAUGAAAGAGAGUCUUAAGAAAGCGUCCAAGCCCAAAGCCACAGAAGGCCACUGAGGGGCCUGAGAGCUGUCCACCCCUCUCUUUCUCUGUUUUCUCUUUCUCUCUCUUUCUCUAGGUGCUUGUGAGGCAUGCUGACAUGAAUACUUUUCACUCUUCUUCUGUAGUGGGGUUGGGUGCUUGGCUAACUGUGCUGCGAGACUGACACACAGAGCCUGUGGUUUUCCAGCAGUCACUUGUGGACUAAAAAGGAAUGUCCAGGAACUGUGCUACUGAAUAUUGCCAGGUCGAAUUGAUGCGAUCCAAAUCCCCUCCCUGACUCACAUCAGCGUGCUUUUUCCCCUUUUUUUGCUCUCAACUUUUGCUUAUGUUUCACAAAUCCAUGCAAAUUAUUUGUCAGAUUGCUGAUGCAUCUAUGUGAAGUAUGUGAACAUUUCAAGGUUUACCUUUAUGUGUUGUCUUUUACAUAACUGGAAUUAUAAGGCAUCACACUAAUUGAGAUCAAAGGCAAUGGCCGAUACAGCUACAAUCCGAUAAAACUCAUUUUGUAGCCAAAAUUUGUCAUCUACAUUUACUUCAUAUGUUGUUGAAGGGGUACUUCACCCUAAAGUUUCUGUCAUUAUUUAUUCACCCUCAUGUCAUUUCAAACCUCUAUGGCUAUCUUUCUUCUGUGG